GUGCCACGCCCGCCUCGUGCAAAUGGAAGUGGGCAGGAACUAAGGAUAACCAUGGCAAUGGUGACGUCUUCUCCCUUGCUCUAAUUGGAGGAAACCCCGUGGCCCUAGCCGCAGCCUACGGGCUAGUCGAACAUGUCCCUGAACUCCCGCCCCCUUUCCCCUCGCGAAAUAGCUACUGGCUAGUAUCUCUAGAAACCAUCGUUGACAGGUGAAAAUGUAUAUUUCUGAUUGGAAAAUCAUUCUCAGCUAGAGCCGCCCUAGCAAGUUUGGUUGAAUUGCAUCUCUGCUGGUUUUCCGCUCUGCCUCAUACCAAUCUCAAAAGCGGAUCAAUUCGGAGGAAGAAAUCGGGACCUUAGAAGGUUUUUGGUGGAAUACUCCGGAGCACCCCCUACUCUCCAUCUUGUACCUCCCAAUUCAAUUUAUUCCCUGUUGCAUUCCUGGACUCCUAUUGUUUUUAAACCUUCCCUGGCAAGUCAAGAUAAGGUUACACACUAAAUAAUAAAAUAAAAAAAACAAUGGAUAAAACGGAUCUUAUUCAGAAGGCCAAGUUGGCAGAGCAAGCCGAGCGCUACGAUGACAUGGCUGCCUCCAUGAAGGAGGUAACGGAGCAGGGGGGCGAGCUGUCAAACGAGGAGAGGAACCUGCUAUCUGUCGCAUACAAGAACGUUGUCGGAGCACGGCGGUCGGCAUGGAGGGUCAUCUCCAGCAUCGGACAGAAGACCGAGGGAAGCGACAAGAAGCUCGCAAUGGUCAACGAAUACCGGGAGAAAGUGGAGGGAGAGCUGAGAGAUAUCUGCAAUGACGUACUGGAACUUCUGAAUAAAUAUUUAAUUGAGAACUCCACAAACGCCGAAAGCAAAGUCUUCUAUCUUAAGAUGAAGGGGGACUACUAUAGAUACCUUGCCGAAGUCGCCUCCGGGGAUGACAAGACAGCGACCAUAGAGAACUCUCAGGAGGCUUAUCAGCAGGCGUUUGACAUCAGCAAGAAGGAGAUGGACCCCACGCAUCCCAUCCGCCUGGGCCUGGCCCUCAACUUCUCAGUCUUCUUCUACGAGAUCCUCAACUCCCCAGAGAAGGCCUGCUCACUGGCCAAACAGGCAUUUGACGACGCCAUCGCAGAGCUGGACAAACUGAACGAGGAGUCCUACAAAGACAGCACUCUCAUCAUGCAGCUGCUCAGAGACAACCUGACAUUAUGGACAUCCGACAACGCUCCCGAGGAAGGGGAAGGCGGAGAAGCCAGCGAGGCCGGAGAGAACGAGAACUGAAACUGAGUCAUCUCUCCAAAAAAUAACCUUUUUACACGUCUCCAUUCCUUUAUUGCUCCACUUCAAACUGAUUCUAGCGAUGAAACCCAUUACUGAGAAAACUGCGUAUGGAAAUUCCAAAGUCAUUUGUCUUUUCACAUUGCCGUUUUUGGAGAAAAAAAAAAAGAUUGACUGGAGAGGGAAAAAAAACUCCAUUCCUUGGUUUGUGUUCAUCCUGGCCUUCCAUAUGUGCAGAUUCUGAUGUUAGAUCAUUAUGAAUAGCUUCACCUCUUUGUAUCAACGUUUUAGUCCAAAAUAGAGGAAAAAAAUAAGAAAUUCUAGGGUUUUUGCUGCGCUACAGAAAAUGUUAGUCCCAUCAAACACCAGGGCAGUUAAGUAUUCUUUGAACAGGGGUGUUUGCUAAGCAGGAUAGGAUGAAUAGUUCCCUCAUCCUCCGUAGUCUUUCUCCACACGGUUAUCUGGUACGGUUACAGCUGCUGACGUCCGACAUGGACAAGUCCAAUUGUUCGAUACUGCAGGGACGGCCAGUCUAUGAGCUGGCACCCAGUCUUUCGCAGCCAGGUGAUUUUCCAUUGGUUCUUUCCUCACUCCCUCUGGUUACGGUAUAAAUCAUGUCUGGUUGAAGACCAUACAGAAGUGGGGCAUUCUAAAAACUCAAACUCAAAAUAAAAACAAUCUGAUAAUGGGAAGGAAAAAAAAUAUUCCUACAUGCAUGUAAUUUAAUAGUGCACUGGAACGGAAACCAAUGCUGUAUACACAGCAAGUCCAAUUUAGUACUUUUCAAUGCAGGUGUGUGCACAUGUUAAAGAAGGUGUUUGGUUAGUCCAAAGAUUGUCAUUAGAGAUUUGGACCACUAUUGUGUUUUUUUGCUAAUCAUCGAUUGUAGUCCCCAAAAGCCUCGUGGAAAUGUUUAAUGCCCUAUGUAUCAGCUAUGUAACAUUAAUAAAAAUUACAUUUUAUAAACCAA